AUGUCAGUUUUAGUUAACGGGAGUCCUACAGAAGAUUUCUCGGUUGGUAAAGGAUUGAGGCAUGGUGAUCCGCUAUCCCCUUUCCUUUUCUUAAUAGCAGCUGAAGGACUCACGUGUUUGAUGCAGAAAGCAAUGGAUAUCGGUAGUUUCCACAGUUACAAGGUGGUUUGUGAAGGUAGAGGACAAUCAAUUUGGUGGCGUGAUUUAUUGAAGAUAGGGAGAGAAGACAAUGGCGACUGGUUCCGAUCAAAUAUAAGGAACGUGCUGGGACAAGGGAAUGCAAUUCGAUUUUGGAAAGACAAGUGGUAUGGACCUGAUUGUUUGAGGGAUUUAUAUCCAACUUUAUAUAUUAAAACUUCUAUGCCAAAUUGUUUUAUAGCAGACACAUGUUUUGAACAUAAUGGAAAAUGGUUUUGGAAUGUUUGUUGGGCUGAAACAUUGUCUUCCACCGAGUCAGAAGAAGCAGCAGAGUUAUUAUAUUUGUUGGCCGAUGUUAGUCCUAAGCAGGACAAAAUGGAUAGCAUGAGAUGGAUACCGGAUCAUAGUGGUAAUUUUUCUGUGAAUUCGGCAUAUAAAUUCGUUCUAAAUAGUGUUGAAUCAACUAUAGUAGAUGUGAAUGUUGUGCAUGCUUUGAAUCAGUUAUGGGUGAAUGAUGUUCCAUCAAAAGUAAAUAUUUUUGGAUGGAGGUUAUUAUUAGAAAGAUUACCGACCCCUAUGGCUUUGGCAAGGAAAGAGAUUAUUGUUAAUCAUCGUGAAUGA